UACGUAGCAACAGAAAGCAUAUUAGCUAGCUAGCUAAAAUUGACGUGGGCUACCCUUCACACCUGUUAGAACAAGUUAAAUUACGUUUCAAGGUCGUUUUUCAAUAAACCACCAGUAACCACAAAAAAAGCUCACUAAUAUUUUACUAAUAUUUUAAUUGCAUAAUUUACAAAAGUGUUUCUGGUGCCUUAGCUUCAUUUCAAAGAGAAUGCCGCAGAGCACAAUGUCUUCUUCAUGUGUGCGGGGGCCAGGGCCCAACCGCUAUCGUACCCGAGCCCACACAUCCCAGGUGGACGAGCUACUCUUUGGAUCCCCCAAAAAGGUGUUACCCCCUGAACAGCCAGCCCGUGACCCCCAGGACGGCAGCUUGUGGGGUAGUCCAGGACCCAGGGGUGUGCCCCAGUCGUCAGCUCACAAAAAGCCCAAACCAGAGACGGUCCGAAUCAUAACUAAGGACCUCAUCCGCGACCUUAAAAUCCCGAGUCAAGAUCCAUCCGGGCUGUCCAUCAUCCUCCCCAAGUCUGAGACCAAUCGGAUCACGACGCUCGCUCGUGUCCCUACCAAAGAGGAGAGAGAGGCGAAGCUAGAGGCCAGAGAGAAGGACAGAAAGGCCGUGAUAGAAGCGGUGGAGGAGCGGAAGGUGAAGAUGCAUCAGGCCGACGUCGUGCGGAAGAAGAACCAGGGCUUGAGCGACCUGGAGGCGGAGGCUCGGGACAACGCGCAGUACCUGCUGGAGAAGGCCAACAAGAUGCGCGUCGAGCAGGAGGACGAGGUCAAAAAGAUCAACGAUGUGAUCCGGGGAGCGCAGUGCCAUGCGGUGCAGGACAUGCAGAUCCUGGAGAAGCAGCAGAUCCUGGCGGAGCUGCAGGAGGAGGAGCGGCGCCUGGACAGCAUGAUGGAGGUGGACCGCCGCAGGGCGCUGGAGGCGCAGGAGCAGAUCGAGCAGCUCCGCAAGCAGCACCGGAUCCUGGGUAAGAUGCAUAUCCAGGAGCAGAUUGAGGAGCGAAUGGAAGAGAGACGGCUGCAGGAAGAGAUGAAACAGCAGGAGAAGCAGAAAUUGCUGGAGAGCCUGGAAAAAAUUAGGCAGGAUGAGUUUGAGGCCCUGAUGAAGAAGAAGGAGGAACAGAGAAAGCUGCACAAGGAGGUGCUCAAGAUGAAUGAGGAGAUCCUACAGGCGAAGGAGAGCAAGAUGGAGGAGGAGAGGCUGGCAGACCUCCGCAUCAUGGAGUACUCCUCCAACAAGUUGGAGCAGGAAGCGGAGUACGAGAAGGAGCAGAGUCGGCUCAAAAAGGAGAAGGAGAUGGAGGUGGCGCGACUGAGGUCCCUCCAGGAGAGAGACAAAGACUACAAGGCGGAGCAGGACGAGUUGCGGGCCCGCAGGAACCAGGAGGCGGCGGAGAGGGAGUGGAGGAAGAAAGAGAGGGAGCAGGCCAAGCGGCGGGCGGAGGAGGAGGAGUGGCUGAAGGCGGCCCGGCUGGAGCAGAUCACCCACAAGGAGCACCUCCUGUCCAUCGAGGCGGGGCGGGAGAGGGCCGAGUUUGAGAGGGUGCUGAGGGCCCAGAACGAGGAGAUCCGGCGGGAGAAGGAGCGGGAGGAGCGGCAGAGGCAUCGGGUGCUGCGGCACGCGGACGGCGUUCGGCAGCAGAUGAGGGAGCGCGAGGUGCAGGCCAUGGAGCAGCGCAGGGCGGAGCUGCAGGAGCACGAGCGGCUGCUGGAGGAGGUCCGCAGCCGCCGCGCCCGCCUCAACGAGAUCAAGGCCAAGAAGCUGAUGGAGCUGAAGAUGGCUGGACUUCCUGCAAAGUACUGUCACGAGGUGGAGAGGAAGGUCCUGAUUCUGCCAGAUCCAGCAGAGUAGCUGAGCGGUGGGACCAUGUGAUCGGUAUAACCACGGACAAGAUAUUUUACUUUACAACUCUCCCGAUCAAAGAUAGGAAAAAAGACAGAAUAAGAGUUUCUGUUCCUCCACCGCUGAGCUCGAAUCGACACAGGUUUGUGUUCAGAAAGUGCAGGACAAGAAACGAGGAAUGACCCUGAGAACGGGUGGAGAUCCUUGCCCUUCUGGCCAUUAGAGCAUUUCUGACUAAACCCUUUAGUGUACUCUGUGUAAUAUGUAACUGUGUCUUUUUCAUUUGUAUGUAAUAUUUAAAAUAAAAUAUUAAUAGAUUGGCUUGA